GCCCGGUUAUGUGGCUUGGCGGCCGCGGGCUGCUCCGGAUUCUCGAGGAGUGUUUUAGCCUCACGUGCCUCAGCUCUGCCAGGACUUGGGGUGGGCUUAGAGGCUCGAUGGCCGAAACGCUCUCGACUGGGACGGAGGCAGCGUGCGAGCUGAGGGCUCCGACUCAGCAAAACGGAGACGCGGAUGGUGACGUGGGGGAUGAGCGACCCCCAGUGUGGCCGGAGCUGUCUGCUCAGGGAGUGGAGCUGGCCCCGGGGUUCGGGAAGCAGGCCACCGGGAGCGAGGAACAGGCCCCGGCUGCGGCGCCGGUACCAGGCAAGCGGAAGAAGCGGCGGGGCGCGACUGGGGAGCGUGUAGUGCCGCCCCCGAAGAAGCGGCGGUCAGGGGUGAGCUUUGCCGAUGAGCACUUCGCAGAGACCAGCUACUACUUCGAGGGCGGUCUGCGCAAAGUGCGGCCCUAUUACUUUGACUUCCGAACCUACUGCAAAGGCCGGUGGGUGGGCCACAGCUUGCUGCACGUCUUCAGCACUGAGUUCCGGGCCCAGCCACUGACCUACUACGAGGCCGCGGUCCGAGCGGGGCGCCUGCACCUCAACGAGGAGCCGGUGCGGGACCUCAGCAUUGUGCUCAAGGACAAUGACUUCUUGCGGAACACAGUGCACAGGCAUGAACCACCAGUCACAGCAGAACCUAUCCGCCUGCUGGCUGAGAAUGAAGACAUGGUGGUUGUAGACAAGCCUUCUUCCAUUCCUGUCCACCCCUGUGGCCGCUUCCGACAUAACACAGUCAUCUUCAUCCUGGGUAAGGAGCACCAACUUAAGGAGCUACACCCACUGCAUCGGCUUGACCGCCUUACCUCGGGGGUCCUCAUGUUUGCCAAGACAGCAGCUGUUUCGGAGAGAAUACACGAGCAGGUUCGAGACCGUCAGCUGGAAAAGGAGUACGUGUGCCGGGUGGAGGGCGAGUUCCCUGCCAAGGAAGUGACCUGCAAGGAACCUAUCUUGGUAGUGUCAUACAAGGUAGGGGUGUGCCGUGUAGAUACUCGGGGCAAGCCUUGUGAGACAGUGUUCCAGAGAUUGAGCUACAACGGCCACUCCAGUGUGGUGCGGUGUCGGCCACUCACAGGUCGCACCCACCAGAUCCGAGUCCACCUCCAGUUCCUGGGCCACCCCAUCCUCAAUGACCCCAUCUACAACUCAGUGGCCUGGGGCCCCUCCCGGGGCCAGGGCGGCCACAUUCCAAAGACAGAUGAGGAAUUGCUGCGGGACCUUGUAGCAGAGCACCAAGCCAAGCAGAGUCUGGAUGUGCUAGAUCUCUGUGAAGGUGACCUGUCCCCAGGACUCACUGACUCUACAGCUCCCUCCUCGGAGCUGGCCAAGGACCAUCUAGAAGAUUUGGCUGCAUCCGCCCAAAAGAUGGAUGGAGUACUUGAGGCAGCCCCUCAGAAUCUGGAUGCAACAGCCCUAGCACCAAGGAAUGCAGCUGAAACAGAUGUUGUGAAUCAAGAGAUAGACCCCCUCUGUGCAGAGUGCCGACUGGUACGACAGGACCCCUUGCCCCAGGACCUUGUGAUGUUUCUUCAUGCCCUGCGCUAUAAAGGACCAGGCUUUGAGUACUUUUCACCCAUGCCUACCUGGGCACAGGAUGACUGGCAAGAGGAUUGAUGGCUGUGGAUUAUGAAGGGAUUAAUUCUUGGGUUGGAAGAGGCCAUGGAGUAGAAACUGAUCUCAUGGGUUGAUAUUCAUUGUUUGUAUAAGGAGUAAGUUGGGCUCUUAUAGGAAUUGCUUAUAUUUGCUACCUCUUUCAGCUAGAGUUCGGGGACUUUUUGAUUUGUAAAUAUAUACCUUUUUCU